AUGGAUGAAGAUGAUACCCUUGCACCCAACAAAUGUCCAGUAUGUGGCAGUGACCCUCGUACACACCCUGGACUACGUUUCAAGAUCAAUACCAAGUGCUACCACAGGAUAUGUGAAGGUUGUGUCGACCGCAAUUUCUCCAGCGGCAAGGCUGAAUGUCCAGUCGGAGGAUGCCACGUAAACUUGUGGAAGCGUGAAUGGCGGACGCAGACUUUCGAAGAUCUCAAGAUUGAACGGGAAGUCGAAAUUCGCAAGAAAGUCAACAGGGUACUCGAACGGCAAGAAGUGGAGUUUGAGAGCAAGCGCGAUUUUGACGACUUCCUCGAGCUCCGAGAAGAGUUGAUAAUGAACCUUGUCUUCCGCACAGAUGUUGCGGCGACAAAUCGUAAACUCAAGGAAUAUGCCCAGGCAAAUGGCAUCAAACCAGAUACCACGGACUCUACUACUGCAGAGACGACAGCGAAAGUUACUAAGCGGAAAGACACCGACGCUGCUGAUCCGAGUGGUCUUAUCAAAGGCCUCAAAAAGAUCAUCAAACCCAAAAUGCGCGCGCCGUACGAUGCAUUCAUGGGCAUGCCACGAACGCAGGGUUAUUAUCAGGUCAAGGAGAGUUACGUCACUCGCCUAAAACAUGGAAAGCCGAACGAUAUCAAGGACGCUUCGGGCUAUAGUGAAUGGGAAUACGUCAACGAGUGUCUGAACCGGGCAUUCGCAGGACUGGGAGUUUUUAUUGAAGAUGAGGUAUCGGCCAAGGACAACACGGCGGUGCCAAUCCCCGAUGUUACUACAGUCAAAGUUGCAAAUGAUGUGUUCUGA